AUGACUAGCAAAGAGGUAUCAGACACUGUUGACAUCAAGCUCGAAGACAAGGAGCUCGACAAAACAGACCAUGCCUCAGUUGCCAAUGGAGCCGUCCUGGGUCGAGAUCUAACACCAGAAGAGGAUCGAAGAAUCCUGCGGAAAGCAGAUCUUCAUCUGCUUCCUAUCAUGGCGUUUGCCUACCUCUUUCAGUUCCUAGACAAAACUGCACUCAGCUAUACCGCCAUCCUCGGCCUUCGCGAAGAUCUUCACCUGAAGGGAGAAGAAUACGGCUGGGCAUCUGCAAUCUACUACUUUGGCUUCCUCGUCGCAACGUACCCCAUUGCUGGUAUAUUGCUCGUUCGAUUGCCCAUUGCAAAGGUCAUCGCUGUUACCAUGUUUAUCUGGGGAGCCAUUUUGAUGUUUACUGCUCUGUGUCGCAACGCCAAGGACCUACUUGCAACUCGUUUCUUUCUCGGUGUGGCUGAGACUGCGAUUGCCCCCGGUCUUUCUAUGAUUGUGGCUAUGUGGUACAAAAGAUCGGAGCAGCCAUUACGCCAAGGUGCUUGGUUCCUCGGAAACACGUCUGCGGGUAUUCUUGGUGGCCUUGUCAGUUAUGGCUUCGGUGAAAUCAAGACCUUUUCUCCUUGGAAGGCCAUCUUCAUCUGCUUCGGAGCUUUGACGAUAGCUGUUUCCAUCAUGGUUCUGCUUUUUCUCCCUGAUACGCCUGCAAACGCCCGUUUCUUGACCAAAGAGGAGAGAGCUCAAGCCGUUGCUCGUGUUGAGGCAAAUAUGACUGGCAUCAAGAAUGACAAAUGGAAGAGGGAGCAGGUUAUGGAGGCACUCUGCGAUCCAAACGCCUGGCUUCUCGCAGUCAGUUAUCUUGCUGCAGUCAUCCCCAACAAUGGACUUCUGACGUUCAACACCAUCGUUAUCCAGGGUCUUGGCUUCUCAGUCCUAAAGACACUCCUUCUCAAUAUCCUGCCAUCUGUCUUUCAGCUGGUCUUUGUUCUCAUAUCUGUCAUUGGAAGUACCUAUCUCCCAAACACUCGGCUGAUGUUUAUGGCUUUCAAUGUCAUUGUCAGCAUCGUUGGGGCUGUAAUGGUGCGUGAGGUUGACCCAGCCCAUAAGUGGACUCGCGUUAUGGGGUGUGCUCUCGCUGUUUCCUUUACUGCAAACUUUCCCAUGACCAUGGCUAUGGUAUCAAGUAAUUUCGCUGGCUUUACUAAGAAGACUACUGUCAGUGCUAUGGUCUUUAUCGCAUAUUGUGCUGGGAACAUUGUUGGUCCUCAUCUCUUCUUCCCUUCUGAGGCCCCUGGCUACAAGUCGGGAUUUCUGGCUAUUAUGAUCUGCUUGGCAAUUUCUGCUAUUCUCUGCAUUGUCCUGAGGUUCUAUCUUAUCUGGGAGAACAAGAAGCGGGAUGAUGCUGGAGAUGCCAUCAAGGGACCAUCAGAAGGGAUCAAUCUUAGUGACAAAACAGAUAGAGAGAUCCCUCAGUUCCGUUAUAUCUAUUAG